AUGUCGAGUGCGCCUCCGCCUGCGCUCUUACCACCGCCCGAGGGCAUCUUCCGGACUUUCGAAGAUCUUCUGACCUCAGUUCAGCGCGUCGCUAAGGACCAGGGCUACGGUGUCGUCAAGCUUCGCGCCUCGAACUACCGCGACGGCAAGCCUACUCGUUACGACUUGGUGUGCGACCGCGGCGGCGUCAAGUAUAGCAGCACGGCGAAGAAGCGCAACCCCUCCACGCGCAAGGUCGACUGCCCGUGGCGCGCAAAGGCCGUCUGCGAAGUUCAGCUGGGAAAUCAAUGGCGCUUUGCCGUCCAAGAGGGUAGCCACAACCACGAGCCUCGCGUCGCGACCGCCCCUCCCGGCCAAGAAAACACCCCUCUCGCCCAGUCGAUCCGCUCAUUCACCAACAAGAUCGAUCGCCUCAGUCACGACAUGGCUCAGGGCUUUAUGCGCAUCGAGCAGCAUCUUGACACCAUGAACAAGCGCUUGGAGAAUCUGGAGGCCCGCGCCGGAAGCUACGAACCGCGCUUCCAAAACAUGGAGUCACGGCUACAGGGUAUGGAGGCCCGUGGCAGCAUGGAGCUUCCUAUGGACGACGUCGACGCCCGGCUCCUGUCAUCCACGGUCAUGUAG